GUCAUAUUCGCUUGUUUAAAAAAAAAAAAAUUAGGUAUAAAUGAUUCUUUCUAAAUUUUUUUUUGUUGUUGUUAUUUUCCCUCUCUUUUUAACUCCAUACUUUUAUUACCUAUUAUAUCAAUGAAAGCUGAUUAUUGUGUCGAUUAUUUAUCACAUUGUUGGAAUACAGAUGAUUUAAUUUCUACCUUUCAAGAAAGUCGUAAACAACGCCAAAAAUAUAUCAUCCAUCCCGUUACCACGACAACAUUUCAUAUCAAUAUUGAAUCCAAAUCAAAGAAAUCCGAGGAAUACAAAUCUAUACGAUUUCAAAACGCUCUAUGGAGAAAUAUGGCUAGGCAUUGUACCGAUAAUCUCUGCAAAUCUAACAAAUUAGUCAAUCCAGCUACUGUCAGUUGGCAAAAGGAAUCUGAUAUCACAUGGCUUUAUGGACCAAUGUACACAAACAACAAAAAGAAUAAUUGUUAUGGUACACAAUCAUCUCUCCAAGGUCUUAAACCCGUUUUGAAAAAACAGAGUAACGUCACUCAAUCAUUACCGACUUGCUCCGACAGUCUGAAUAUUUAUGAUUUUGAUCCAACUUACACAUUAUCCGAAUUUGGCUAUACCUCCUCCUCCUCCUCCUCCUCAAUUACGUCGGGUCUGUGUAGCACCAGAAGUAGCUUCAGUAGUGUUUCUAGUUCCAAAUCCACUGCCUCCUCCUCCUCGGUCGGGGUUCAUUUUAAUCCUGAAAUCAUCGAGAUAGAAUACCAACCCGAAUAUCCUGUAUCUCUCAACUCAUAUUAUCAGCAUCACGGAGGAGGUAUCCAUGAUGAUGAUGAUGAAGACGAUGAAGAUGAUACCUUAUGGCCUCUUCUAUUACAAGCAAGUGAAUCUUUAAAAUCUUCAACUUAUACCCGAAUCUCCUCUGUAUUCUCAAAAGGCUUAUACCUCGUCGGUCAAAAAAAGGCACAUCCAAACCAUUCUUUACAUUUGGUCAUCCUAAUGGCUUCCAUGAUGAAAUCCGUUGUGUCACUGACAACAACUUGGGUUCUAUACCAGAGUCUAUCCCCUUUAUCCUCAUGGUUAGCUCCUAAGCCUCUUGAUACUACUGCUGGUCAGUCACCCAAACAAUCAAAAAAAGCACGUCUUAUCAUCUUGUAAAUAUUCAAUUAAAACAAAAACAAAACAAAAAAAAACUCUUAUUUAUCCUACCCUACCGUAAAUACAUAUAUAUAUAUAUAAAAGUUAUUAUGCACAUUAUGUAUAUUGAGAUGCACACAGAUAGUUGCU